UACAGCUCAACCACAACCAAAACAAAUUCUGUCUGCUUGGAAGACAAGAUUCUCCAGAAACUUUCUUCAAAUUAAAAUACAACGGAUGAAACUGAGAAAAAUAAGUCUGGAGUGUAGAGAAGCGAGCUUUCUUUGUUAUUUCAAAUAUUGAUAUUUUAUUCGUCUGCUUCAAGACAGCUGUAUUGUCAUGGGAUAACCUAACCCUCGCCAUGCUGUUAUAGACCGUAUCGUUAUUCAGAAUGCUGUGGUUUCUGGUUUCUACUUCUGUGAGACUACUUGUGGAUAUUAAAUAAACAAAGUAAAUAAUAGGAGAGUGUUCAAGUAGAGUCACUUAGUACAAUGAUUGCCAUAAAGAAUUUACUUCUUAUGGAGUGUUUAGGAGUAAGAGCUCGUAGCCUGCAUUGCUCCAGCACUUUUCUGAAGAGAGGCAAUUCUGCAAAAAUGAAUCAACCAUCUGAAUCGCAGCUCAAAGAUUUACUAGAUAAUGCAUCAGUAGGCAGUAGGCAAAAGAUUGGAGAUCAAAAAUGGCUGAAAUCACCUUUCCAAGCUGAAAAGGUUCGAGACCAGGGUCUAAAAGUCAAUCGUCCAAAGAUUGACCCUCAUGAAACGUCCAUCAUACUAUUUCCCGGUCAAGGAGUUCAGCAUGUUGGAAUGGGGAAACCACUUCUAAAGCUGCCUCAAGUGGAAAAGAUGUACAAAGUUGCCAAUGAGAUUUUAGGCUAUGAUUUGUUAAAACUCUGUUUAAAUGGACCCCAAGACCAACUGGAUCAGACACUAUAUUGUCAGCCAGCCAUCUAUGUAGCAUCACUAGCUGCUUUGCAGUUGAUGAUAGAAGAACGACAAGUAUCAGUUGAGUCAUGUGUGGCAACUGCAGGAUUUAGUAUUGGUGAAUAUGCUUCACUUGUUUUAGCAAAUUGUUUUUCAUUUGAAACAGGUUUGAAGCUAGUGAAGGCAAGAGCUGAAGCAAUGCAAGAAGCCGCAGGACUUGUGGAAAGUGGAAUGGCCACUUUGUUUCUGGAUCCAGCUGCCAAAAUUGGCACUAUACUCAACACUUCUCUUGAAUGGUGCCGCAAUACUGGUGUAGAAAGACCCCACUUGUCAGUGGCAAAUUAUUUGUACCCAAAUUGUCUAGUUAUAGCAGGAAGCAAGGAAGCUUUACGAUUUAUUGAGCUAAAUACAAAAGAACUGAAGAUACGGAGAUGCAGACACAUAGCUGUCAGUGCGGCAUUUCAUACGCCACUCAUGAAGAGCGCUUCUGAGCUAUUUCGUAAUGAACUGAAAAAAUACCACAUAGCAGACCCACAAAUAGCUGUUCAUUCAAAUAUUGAUGGUCUACCAUACAGAGAUGCAAUUGACAUCCAAAAGAAAUUAGUGAGGCAAAUAUAUAGACCUGUGAAGUGGGAGCAGACCAUGCAUGUAAUUUAUGAUCGAAAAAAAGAUGUGGCUUUUCCUCAGACUUUUGAACUGGGCCCAGGGAAAUCCUUAACCACUUUGCUGAGAUAUUGCAAUGCAAAUGCUGCAAAACAUAGUGUAAAUAUUUUUGCAUAGCAAGUUUAGAAAUAUGUUAAUAAUUCUGUUUUGUGGUAUGCAUUAAAAGAAGCAUUUUUUAGGGUA